AUGUCGCUUCCGACAGUAUUCUGUUUUAUAGUUUCACUCAGUUUUGCUGAGGCACAGCGAGGGGCGUUGGUGAACACUUUGGAGGCGCUCCAGGGUGAGGUAUCCUUUCAGUCAGUGCUCCUGGUGCAGAACAAGGAUGAUACCGAUACCUGCUGGACCACGGGGGAUCUGGACAUUGGUAUUCCCAUCCUAAACUUAGAUGCGAGGCAAAAUUUUAACCUGAAAAAAAGUUUUAACGCGAAUAUGCUGGCCCUGGCUUGCUUGGGAGACGGUAUUAUGAGCGCUUUGUAUGCAAAUCUUGAGGAGAUCCGCGAAACUCCGACCCUCCUUGUGGUGGCGCAGGACACAAAUUUCAGCGCUCUAUUCGCAGAGUGUCGUUCGUACCACAUGCUCAAUGUCGUGGCUGUGUGGGGCGGCCGCGAUCGUGAGUUUAUAUAUAGCUAUCGGGCCUUUCCGCACUUGGAAGUGGUCAGGCGUCGUCUGAGGCCCAUCCGCCGGUACUUUGAGCCGCAGGUAAGAGAUCUCGCAGGUCACCCCAUCGACGUCAUACCGUACAGCGUCUUGCCACGCACUUUGAUCUUUCGAGAUGCACAUGGAGAUCGUCAGAUAACUGGCUACCUCGUUCAGUUCUACAGAAACUUCGCCAGGAGCUUAAACACCACUCUGAGGUAUCUAUGGCACCUUAUGCCGCUGGACGAGAUGCCUGUUCAAGAUGUAAUACUGGCCACAGUAAAUGAAAGUCAUGUAGAUUUCCCACUCGUUCUUUCCAACCUCGACCCCGAGCCGUUCCUUGCCAGCAGUGUGUUGGAGGUUUCCAACUGGUUUCUCAUCCUCCCCGUGGAGCCAAAUGUGCCGCGCUCCAGUCUCUACUUUAGCCUCAGGGGAUGGCCCUCCUUUCUUGCCCUGAUGCUUCUUCAGGCCCUGCUGCUUGGCAAUGCCCAUCAUCUGGACUCGGGAAUGUCGCUCGCAUUGAGCUUCGGACACAUCUUCGGCGACCACGUGCUGAGGGCCAUCCUAGCCCAGUCGUUUCUGUGGCCGCGGCGGCUCUCCUUCAGUCGCACACUCCUCUACAUCAUGCUGAUGGUGGCAGGCCUCAUCAUCAGCACCUUCUACAGCGCCAAUCUGUCGACCGUGCUAGUCGAACCGCCAGCAGCCUAUCGGAUACGCAGCUACGAGGACCUGCGCACAAACCGCGUCAAGAUACUUCUCUCUGAACAAGAGAUAAUCCCGUCGACGGUUGAGUUUUUGACCGUGCGUUGGAGUGCGUUGAACAACUCCUAUGCCUAUCCCGUGACCAGCACCCUGUGGCCGUUUCUCCAUAUAAAGCAGUCCCACCUGCAGCGUACGAUCUUUCGCCGAUCGCAAGAGAUAUUUUUUCUGGAGUUUAUGGCACUCACCGCACCCAUGCAAAAGAAUUCUAUCUUUCGCAAAGUGUUCAACCAAUAUGUGGCCAACACCCACGCCAGUGGACUGUACGAUCUAUGGUUCAGGCAGUCCUUCUAG